AAAGUAUUUGACAGGAGCCUUGAAUCAGAUGUCAAAGCUGAUACCAGUGGAAACCUAAAAAAAAUCCUGGUGUCCCUGCUACAGGCUAAUCGUGAUGAAGGAGAGGACGUGGACAAAGAUCUAGCUGGUCAGGAUGCCAAAGAUCUGUAUGAUGCAGGGGAAGGCCGCUGGGGCACGGACGAGCUCGCCUUCAAUGAAGUCCUGGCCAAGAGAAGCCACAAGCAAUUACGUGCCACCUUUCAAGCCUACCAAAUUCUCAUCGACAAAGACAUUGAAGAGGCCAUUGAAGCAGAAACGUCAGGAGAUCUACAGAAGGCCUACUUAACUCUCGUGAGGUGCGCCCGGGACCAGGAGGGCUAUUUCGCUGACCGUCUGUACAAGUCCAUGAAGGGUGCAGGAACCGAUGAGGAGACACUCAUUCACAUCAUCGUGACCAGGGCUGAGGUGGACCUUCAGGGGAUAAAAGCAAAGUUCCAAGAGAAGUAUCAGAAGUCUCUGUCUGACAUGGUUCGCUCAGACACCUCUGGGGACUUCCAGAAGCUGCUGGUGGCCCUCUUGCACUGAACCGAGCCAGAAGAGUGGGAGCCCAGGGAGGAGCCACCUUUGUCAAGAGCCCAUUUCGAACCAGAUUUGUAAAUGUGACUCCAGCACAUAAAGUACUGAAGAGUCCUGGCUUAUUUUUUUGGCAGCUUGAAUACUGUAGCUGGGCCAAGCUGUUUAGGUGAAAGGCAACAGCCUCAAAACACUUGGGCAGGUCACCCUGAAUGCUGGUUUAGCAGGUACCUGAGCUGCCUUUUGGCUUUCCUUUAGCGUGGAGAACUGAAUGCUUUCUGACCACAAAUGAAAUUAGCCGUUGAUGAAAGAAACUACACUUGUAAUAAAACAUUCAGAAGAAUAUGUAUCACAUAGAGGUGGGUAAAGACUGAAUGGUUAAGGUACAGGGAAGAUAAAAUUAACCAGUUGAUCAAUUUUCCUUCUGUGGGGGCACCUGGGUGGCUCAGUCAGUGAAGCGUCUGUCUUGGGCUCAGGUCAUGAUCUUGGGGUCCUGGGAUCGAACCCCAUAUCGGGCUCCCUGCUCAGUGGGGAGUCUGUUUCUCCCUCUCCCUCUGCCCCUCCCCACCCCCUGCUCGUGCACGCACGCACGCACUCUGUCUCUCUCUCUCUCAAAUAAAUAAAUAAAUAAAAUCUUAAAAUUU